GCCUUCCGCAGCGGACGUGGCUCUCGUCUUCCGGGUCAUCGCCGACAACUUCAAGACCCAGGCUUCUUACCGGUGCCAGCUCCCGACAUCCCGUUACUUCGAGACGAAGCUUCCGUCCGAUGCUGCGGCGGAGCUCAUCGGGAGGGACCGUGCGCUUCAAUCCACCGUUUUGCAGAACCUGCGCGAGCGGAAUCCUCUUGAGCACCCCGCCACUGGAGGCCCUUCCGCAGCGGACUGGCUCUCAGUCUUCCGGUUCAUCGCC